AAAAAAAGGAAAUGCACGAUAUUUUAUACAAGAAAAAGGAUCUUACCAGAAUGUGAAAAAGAAGAAAAUAAAGAAAAACACAUGAGAAAAAGUGAGUUGAUAACCUUGAGUUGAUUCUUCAACUGAAAAUCUUUGGGUAAAGUUUGGAUUCUGAUUACUAAAAUGUACUCAUAAAUUAAUGUUAAAAUCAUUCAACUCUUCAACAACAUUUUUCACAAUGAAAAUCAAUCAAAAAUUAAUAACACUAGAUUUUAGUUGAUCAUUUUAAAUCUUUCAUUGAAUAACAUUUGAUUUUAAACUAUUUUUACAAAAUAUCAUAAAUACAAAAAUCAAUAACACUAGAUUUAUAAUAAACAAUGAAAAUCAAAUAUUUGAUAACAGUAGAUUAUUUCUGGCUAUAAAAAUUAUUAAACUUCAUCAACUAAUAACACCUUGGUAAACUCUGAGGAAUAUAUUCAUGAACUAAAUAAAUUCUAUCAGAAAAAAAUGGAAAGUUGAAAUAAAAUAAAGAAACCAUUUUGAAUUUUUGAGUAUGGUUAUUAAUUUUAAAUAAAUAGUAUUAUUAUUUAUGCAUACAAGAAAUUAAAAGUAUUCAGAACAUGUCAAAAUAAAAUCUAAAAUAAUGAUUUUUUAUUAUUAUUUUUUCAGUCAAAAAAAUAAUGAUAUAUUUCUUUUAAGAUUGAGCUUGUGUUUAUCUACAAAACUAAAUUAAGUGUUACCCUAGCCGUAGGUUUGUUCACCAAGCACAACUUAGGAUGGUGGACGAAUGCGAAAACGGAGACGGUGCAACCGCCGCAAGAAGAUAUAGCCACCAAGACCACAAAACCAAAGAAGCAGGAGAUUCAAGCGACGGUGUAGACUCAAUCAGCUUUCUACCUGACGUAAUCCUCCAAAGUAUCCUCUCCUCUCUUCCGACCGAAAUUGCCAUCAAAACAUCCAUCUUGUCCAAAAGAUGGAGACAUGUAUGGUCCGAUACACCUUGCCUCUCCUUCGACUGGAUUAGGCCACAUGGGCCGAAAGGUGAUAUCAUAAACAAAAUACUAGGUCGCUACAAGGCUCGCAAGAUGAUUAGUUUCAAGCUCAAUGCCAACUUGCAAGACGAUAUUCCUUACAUUGACAGAUGGAUCGAGUUCGCCAUGUCCCGAAACGUUGAGAAUAUGUCGUUGGUGUUCGGUUAUGAUGGUGACCAUAAGUAUCAUGUUCCUGAUUCCUUUUACAUCAGUAACUCUUUCAAGCAACUCAGUGUUAAGUAUUCGUUUAUUGAUUUGAAACUUCCAAGUUUUCCCGUGUCUUGGACAUCUCUGAAGAUUCUGUACUUAAAGUCUUGCAAGCUCUCUGAAGAAUGCAUGGAUAAGAUUCUAUCUGGCUGUCCGGUUCUUGAAAGCUUAACCCUUGACUUCUGCGAUAAACUGUUGGUUCUUGAUCUCAGCAAAUAUUUGCGUCUGAGAACAUUGGUAAUCAAGCGUAACAUUUGGGUUCCGGGCCCUACACAGAUUAUUGCACCGCAUAUCCAUUAUCUCAGCUUGACCAACUCUCAGUUACCAUGUACUUUAGUUGAUGUCUCAUCUUUAAAAGAAGCUAGAAUGGAGAUUUGCUUUUGUGCACUUGAAGAUCUGGAGGCUGAUUUUCUUCAAACCAUGGUGCUAAGGAUGCUAGAGAAGUUGCAGCAUGUAGAUAAGCUUACUUUCGGAGAGAACUUUCUUACGGUUUUAACACUUGCCGAGCUCCGCAGUAUUCCCAUUCCUAGAUUCAAGGUCAAAGAUUUGACACUUGAGACAAUGAUCUCUCAAUAUGUAAUUCCAGGUAUAGUCAGGGUGCUACAAAACUCACCUGAACUGAAGAAGCUAACAACAAUACACAGAAUGAUGUUUGGCACCAUAACGAAGAAUAAAAUUGACACGUACUUGGAUUUGCAAGGAGUGAAGAAGGAUCAGCGUUGGAGCUUGGAGGCGAGGGUCUUUGAGAACCUGAAACAUUGGGAUGUAGAGUCGAGGCACGUGGCUUCGUUCAUGGAACUUAUGUUAAAAAAAACAAAGACAUUAGAGAAGAUGGUCGUUUGGUUUUAUAGUUAUCGGAAAGGUCAAACUCUUGAAGAGUUGCCUGAGAUGGUUCCAGUGCUCGCUGACAAGAACAAUGUCUCCAUAGUGCUCCACCUAUUCAAGCCGAAUCACAGGGUUUAGUCUUGGAUCUUCUUUUUUUCUUUUUACCAAAGUAGUCUUGGAUGUUAUG